AUGUCAACACGCCGCCGCCCCGAGCUCGUUGUGCUAGACGGCCGACCGAGCCUCACCCCUCUCAAUCAAUUGCUCGCUGAGAACAUGCUGAAAACGACAAGAUUAUACGUGAGACGCCGUACCCGCCAGUCGGCACAACUGCUGGCCAGAAAGUCCAUAUCGUAUUGGCUUGAUCAAAAACAGCCUCGCUCCAUGGACUCAACAUCCACUCAUGCCAAUUCUGCUUGCGACCGGCUUUUCGCUGUACAGGAACUUGCUGAUGCUAUCUUCGCCCACCUCGACUUUCAUGACACUUCAUGUUGUUUGGCUGUCUCCCGCACUAUCCGACAUGCAGCUCAGCAAACGAAUGCGUCUGUAAGAUUGAAAAUGCCUCUGGUCGAAUGCGAAGAUCACCAUCUGCUCUACAUGGAGAAGCAGCUCGAUCUCAGUACCUCGACGUCGGAUUGGCAGAGACAGCGCUUUUUCAUGAAUUCUGGAACUGUUGUUUUUCCGAAGAAUGCUCCAGCGCCAUUGUUGAUUUCGAUGUACGACAUCAUGAACACCAUUGGCGAACCUUGCCGACGUCGAGUCACUGUCGACAUGUGGUUCUCGGCUACUGGCCACACUCCCAAGGACUUUACGCUUGACGGGAGCUGGCUCAACCUGGCUCUACCAUUGCCGGAUAUCGUCGUCUGGAUCGUUAGCAUAAGUUGUGAUUGUCAUAGGACUGAUUCCUUCUGCGAUAAGCUGGACUCUGACCAGAGUGUGGGUCGUCGUGCUUACAAGAAAGGCACGUCACUCGUUUUCCCGUACAAGCUUGUCACCGAGAACGGGGAUCACUUGAGGCAGAUAGCCAAGUAUUCGAGAAAAGCAUAUCGCAUGCAUCGCCACUGUCGGAAUGACCAUGGUGAUGCUCCAUCUGGACUGUCUUCAAUCACCUUCAAGGCGCUGAAGAGAAACCAAGCCGGGUUUGAUCUAUUAGACACAUCAACACAUUCGACUCGUCCUUCACCAAAACACCGGGCAGAUCCAUUUUCCACGACAUCACCACAAGAGAAGACCAGGAGAGAGACCUUACUCGACAUCGGCCAAGAGCUUGCCCCAAAACAGAGCAUGAAAUGGAGUCUGAUGAUGAGGAGGAUACUUUCACGCGAGAAGCUCUUCAGAGAAAAUAUACCUCCAGAAGAGUUCUUGUAUACCUUGGAGAAGCUCGGUCGGCUCUCAACAUGGGACCGUUUCAUGGGUCGGACCGAGGUGAAGUUAGGCUAUUGA